GGACUUCGCAGCUUCAGCUACGCACUUUUCUUUGAGACACUUUGGCUCUUUGGAUCUGCUCAGGUUUGAUUCUAUUUACCACUGUGUUUAGUCUUGGUUUAGUCCUGAUUUAGUCUUGGUUUAGUCUUGGUUUAGUUCUGAACCUUAAACCUGGUUUAAUAUUGAUUUAAUUUAAAUCAAAGUUAGUCCUGGUUUAUUUCCUGGUUAUAGAGCUUGUUCUUGAAUAGACAUAAAUGUGGUUUUCAGUGGUUUUAAAAUACUUUAAUUUGACACAUAUUUAUAAAGAUUUGCUUAAAACAUUUUCUGAGAGUGUAUUGAACUUUCUUUGGUUUGGGUCAUGUCUUUUGGUUCAUUCUGCGGCUUUAUCAUUUAAUAUUUCAUUAUAUUUUAAGUGUUUUUUUUUAUUUUAUUUCUGCUAAAUCAAGUUGUGACAUCUUAAAAUAUUUUCCAGAUUUACAUGUUUAUAUAAAGUUCCAAAAUAUAUAGUUUAAUUUCUGGAUAGAAACGAGAAUCAACAGCAGUAACUCGUUCUUUAACAUUGUGUACUUGUGUGAGUGUGCUGGAUCCAGUGUUGUUUGCAGGUGUAUAUGUUUGAGUAAAAGGAUUUCUGGGUGAAUAAAUUGGCGGACCAUCCGGCCCCGUCCUACUAUCACACAUAUUCUUGUUUUCCCACUUGGGACCUUCCCAUUUACUCCCUUUCUCACAUUCAUUCUUUAUCUCAGUGUUGGCAUGUGCUGCCUGUUUGCAAAUUUUCUUACGAUCACGCCUUUCUGCCUCAUUCAUCCACUCAGACAUUUCUCCUGAUCAUUUAUCAUUCGUAAUUUUGCAGUAGGAACUCUCUUAGCCUGCAUUAGUUUCUCUCUUUCCUUUUCAAAACUUGCUUUAAGUUUAUUCAGUUGGUUCAAGAUAAAAGACCCACUCUCAGGAAACCCAUGUUCUUUUGACCAAAUAUGCAAAUAAUCAAGACAACCUUGACCAUACUUGCUGCGCAUGGCUGCAGUGACUGCAGACUCUGGGGUCCGCUGAGCCUCGCUCCUGGAUUGGUUCUUUCCCAUUUUCUCUAAAAUGGUCAGCGCGCUGAAUACCAACCUCUACGCGUCCGUAGGGUGAAUUUUUUACUAGACGUUAUUUUCGUCUCCUCUCCGUAUUCAUAAAUACCCACGUUACUGCGACAAUUUCAGCCCAGAACACACAAUUUAGGAAUACAGUAGGCUUUGCUCAACCCUCCUAUUGACAAGUCCUCAUUCAUGCGAGGCGCAUCAAGGACUAAAUUUAUUAGAAUAAAUGUCGUCCGACGUCUUCUACCUUCAGAAUGACAGAAUUGAACCAAUACGGUGAGCCUUCAAUCCCAGCCAGCGCUCACAAUAACAGCUAGAUACCAGAGUGGAGCUCACACCAGGACACAGCAAGUAAUGGCAAGGUUUUUCAAUUUAAAGUGUUAGUAUUAGUGUUUCAGUAUCUUAGUUUCCCCCUUUUUUUUUUUUUUUUUUUUUCCUUUUCCCCCAAGCGAGACAGCCCCCUUGAAACAAGACAACUCACCACAACUUCUAGUAGCUCAGAUUCGAGGCCUUAGCGCCGGCGUUUUCCAGCGAGAGCGAUGCAGCCCUCUCACUCAAAGACAGAGAUGAGGCAGGAAGGGAGUGCCCUCCCCGAGUGGCCAGCCGCUGGAUCACUGUCGCAGAAAAAAGAACCGGACGAAAGGGCAUGCCGACAACGCCAAAUUGUUGUGGAAUUUCUAAUAGUUAAAAAGUCUUAAAGAUAUAAAAAUAAACAGAGAAGUUGUCUUGAAUCAAAGGUCUGAUUUAUUGAAUCAAUUGUGCACAAUUGUCAAAGAGCUGUGUCCCUAACGGUGUCGUCUCACCCUCAGCUGACAAAUGUAAAUAAUACAGAGUAUUUAUACCACCAAAACAAUCUUGCCAGUUUGGUCUAAUCGAAGUGGCUUUGACGCCAGACACAAAAGGACAUAACAACAUAACAGAUAGUAUUAUGAAGGUUAGGUCAAAAUGAUCCAUAAUAAUACAAAUAAAGAUUUAUGCUAAAGAAAGACAUAACAAUAGUAAUUGAACACAUGGCAGGAAUGUCAUGUGACAACUUCCACAGUGCAGCACUGAUGUGUUCUGUGAGCAUGUUCCUUUUAUCCCAUCAGAAGAACCACUGGAGACCAGAGAGUAGAAUCACACAAGGUUUAUUCCCUAUACAUCUAAUCUAAUACAAGUCCGGCGCGUACUGUCCCUAGUAUGUGCACGGAGAUCUCAGGGGCGGUCCCGUUUUGAUCUGAGUGCCUGACCCUGAACGCCACAUUUAAACAUAAAUCAUGAAUAUUCAGUAGCUGGGUGUGGACAUCUUCUUCUUCCUUCUGGUCUCGCUGGUGUGACCAAAUUUGGAGUUGUUGCUCACCACUCAUCCUGUUGAUUCACCUCAGCAUUUUCUGUAACAGCUUAAUCUGAGAGACCAGGCUACACAAUCUAUGUUCACAGGCAAGAAUGGAGUGUGUUUGAGCAGUGUGCAAGUCCUAAACCUCCUUGAAUCUAAUCUCAAAUAUUAUGAGCAAUGAUGUUUACAUCCUUCAGUUCCUGAUGUGAAACCAAAACCAUUCAUCUGUGGCUCCACAAGUACAAUAACACAUUUACACAGAAAAAACACAACAUAAACUCUAAUGAGCUGUGUUGCAAGUAUAUGUUGGAUUUUAGAGUGGACUUUUUGCAGUGGCUUCAUGCGUCGGCUCCUCCUGAGGGUCUGAGAUCACAUGAACCUGGACUGAGCAUGGAUCAGAGAGAGACCAGAGAGGACGGAGCCCCUCCCUCUAAAAAAGCUCACAGACCUGCUCCUGGGGCCAGGGCCGUCUCAUUCAAGAGUGAUGACUCUAAAGGACUAGGGGUUAAUUUUAAAAGAGAACAUGGUCCAGAGAUCCACCAGAAACAUCCUCCAUCUGAACCUGGUCCCAUCUGUGAGUCCCUCAGGAGUGACUGGUCUAUGGCACAUCCUAUUGCCUUUGCCACAGAGUCAGUGGAGCAGCAGGGUCCAGAGGUCUCCAGUGGUCAGCACCAUCAGACACAGCUGGACUCCAUAUUUAAGCUUCUGGAGGAGGACAUCUUCACUUUUGUCCAGAAGGAGCUGAAGAAGCUCCGCAAGGUUCUGAGUACAGAUUACCCAGAAUGCUUAGAGCCUAUGAAAGAUAAGGAUGAAGAGCAAAGGAGCAACAGUGAGGCUGUUCUGAAGAUCACACUGAACUUCCUGAGGAGGAUGAAGCAGAAGGAGCUGGCUGAGCGUCUGAGGAGCAGGACUUAUUCUGGAGUUUGUCGGCGUAAACUGAAGUCUAACCUGCAGCAGAAGUUUGAGUGUGUGUUUGAGGGCAUCGCUAAAGCAGGAAACCCCACCCUUCUGAAUCAGAUCUACACAGAGCUCUACAUCACAGAGGGAGGGUCUUCAGAGGUCAACCAGGAACAUGAGGUCAGACACAUGGAAACAGCCUCCAGGAAACCAGACCCAACAGAAGCAGCCAUCACAUGUGAAGACAUGUUUAAAGGCCCAGCUCACACACAUGGACCAAUCAGAACAGUGCUGACAAAGGGAGUGGCUGGCAUCGGGAAAACAGUGCUCACUCAGAAGUUCAGUCUGGACUGGGCUGAAGGCAAAGCCAACCAGGACAUACAGCUGCUGUUCCCGUUCACUUUCAGAGCACUCAAUGUGCUGAAGGAGAGAAGCUUCAGCUUGGUGACACUUGUUCAUCACUUCUUUAGUCAAACACAAGCAGAACUCUGCAGCUUUGAACACCUCCAGGUGCUCUUCAUCUUUGACGGUCUGGACGAGUGCAGACUUCCUCUGGACUUCACCAAAACCAAGGCCCUGACCGACCCCACAGAGUCCACCUCACUGCACGUGCUGCUGGUAAACCUCAUCAGGGGGAGCCUGCUUCCCUCCGCUCGCCUCUGGAUAACCACACGACCCGCGGCAGCCAAUCAGAUCCCUGCUGAGUGUGUCUCCAUGGUGACAGAGGUCAGAGGGUUCACUGACCCACAGAAGGAGCAGUACUUCAGGAAGAGGUUCAGACAAAAAGCCAAUACGAUCAUCUCCCACAUCAAGACGUCCAGAAGCCUCCACAUCAUGUGCUACAUGCCAAUCUUCUGCUGGAUCGCUGCCACAGUCCUGGAGCAUGUGUUGAAAGGCAGAAAGAGAAAAAAGCUGCCCAAGACCCUGACUCAGAUGUACAUCCACUUCCUGGUGGUUCAGGCCAAAGUCCAUAACAUCAAGUAUGAAGGAGGAUCUGAGACAGACCCACACUGGAAUCCAGAGACCAGGAAAAUGGUGGAGUCUCUGGGAAAACUGGCCUUUGAGCAGCUGCAGAAAGGAAACCUGAUCUUCUAUGAGAGUGACCUCAGUGAGUGUGGACUGGACGCUGCAGCGGCCUCAGUGUACUCUGGAGUGUUCACACAGGUGUUUAGAGAGGAGCCAGGCCUGUACCAGGACAAGGUCUACUGCUUCAUCCAUCUGAGUGUGCAGGAGUUUCUGGCUGCUCUUCACGUCCAUCAGACCUUCAUCAACACAGGGAUCAUCCUCCUCUCAGAGAAACAAACUUCAUCACAGAAAGCAAUUUUUAGCAGUAAACCAGUCCCAUUAUAUCGGACAGCUGUGGACCAGGCCUUACAGAGUCCAAAUGGACACCUGGACCUGCUUCUCCGCUUCCUCCUUGGUCUUUCACUUUCAACUAAUCAGAGCCUCCUACAAGGUCUAGUGACACAGACUGGAAGUAGCUUUGAGACCAAUUCGGAAAUAGCUGAGUACAUCAAGAAGAUGCUGAAUGAGGAUGUGUCUGCAGAGAGGAGCAUCAACCUGCUCCACUGUCUGAAUGAACUGAAUGAUCGUUCUCUGGUGGAGCAGAUCCAGCAGUACCUGAGAUCAGGAAGUUUGUCUAAAAGUGGACUGUCUCCUGCUCAGUGGUCAGCUCUGGCCUUCAUCUUACUGUCAUCAGAAGAAGACCUGGACCAGUUUGAGCUGAAGAAAUACUGUGCUUCAGAGGAGGCUCUCCUGAGGCUGCUGCCAGUGGUCAAUGCCUCCAACAAAGCUCUACUGAGCAGCUGUAACCUGUCAGAGAGAAGCUGUGAAGCUCUGGCCUCAGUCCUCAGUUCCCAGUCCUCUAGUCUAAGAGUCCUGGAUCUCAGUCUCAAUGACUUGAAGGACUCAGGGCUGGAGAUGUUGUCUGUUGGUCUGAAAAGUCCUCACUGUAAACUGGAACAGCUCAGACUGUCAGGUUGUCUGGUCUCAGAGGAAGGCUGUGCUUCUCUGGCCUCAGCUCUGAGGUCCAACCCCUCCCAUCUGAGAGAACUGGAUCUCAACUACAACUAUCCAGGAGACACAGGAGUAAAGCUCCUGUCUGCUCUACAAGAGAACCCCCACUGCGCACUGGACACUCUCAGACUGGACUAUGCUGGAGCUGUGAGGUUAACACCAGGACUCAGAAAGUAUUUCUGUGAUCUCACUCUGGAUCCAAACACAGCUCACAGAGAACUCAAACUGUCUGACAACAACAAGAAGGUGACACGUGUGACAGAGGAGCAGCCGUAUCCAGAUCAUCAGGACAGAUUUGACUACUGGGCUCAGAUUCUGUGUUCCACUGGUCUGACUGGUCGUUGUUACUGGGAGGUCCAGUGGAGAGGAGACCUUUAUAUAUCAGUGUCUUACAGAGGAAUCAGAAGGAAAGGAGACAGUGAUGACAGUGUGUUUGGAUACAAUGAUCAGUCCUGGAGUCUGUUCUGUUCGAAAGGUGGUUUCUCUGUUUAUCAUAAUAACAAACACACCCGCCUCCCUCAGUCCUGCUCCUCUUCUGGGACAGUCUCAGUGUUUGUGGACUGUCCUGCUGGCUCUCUGUCCUUCUACACAGUCUCCUCUGACCAACUGACCCACCUCCACACCUUCAACACCACAUUCACUCAGCCUCUGCUCCCUGGGUUUAGGCUCUGCUCUCGUGACUCCUCAGUGUCUUUGUGUCCGACAGACUCACCCUCCUCCUUGUAAAAUACAACAGUCAAAUCUGUAGAAAAAAAUUACUUUGCAAAUGUUGAUUUUAUUUUUACUUCAUUUGACAAGAGAUUUAUUUUAUGUUUUAUUCCUCCUCAAAUUGAAACUGGAGACCUCAGCCUCAACCUUUUGUACUGAACAAAUCACUGGUCCAUUAUGAACUUUCCAAAUUCAUAAACAGCCCACCACAUGCAGUAAGUGUACAGUCUGUAUACAGUGGAUAUAAAAAGUCUACACACCCCUAUUCAAAUGCCAGGUUUUUGUCAUGUAAAAUAAUGACAGCAAGACAAAUAAUUUCACAACUUUUUCCACCUUUAAUGUGACCUAUAACCUGUACAAUGCA